AGAGAGGCGGCGUUGCAAAGACAGACAGGCCGCCACUUACCAGCUGAUCGGCAAAACACGUGAAAAUGGGUCGCAGUUCUAAAGACAAGCGUGACAUUUACUACAGACUGGCCAAGGAGGAGGGAUGGAGGGCCAGGAGCGCGUUCAAACUCAUCCAGAUCAAUGAAGAAUUUAAGAUUUUUGACGGUGUGAGCCGCGUGGUGGACCUGUGUGCUGCGCCUGGGAGCUGGAGCCAAGUCCUGUCCCGCACACUAAGGGGGAGUGCAGCAGACCCAUCCUCUGUGAAGAUUGUGGCAGUGGACCUGCAGGCAAUGGCACCUUUGCCUGGUGUCACUCAGCUGCAGGGGGACAUCACCAAGACCAGCACUGCAGAGGCCAUCAUCAGCCACUUCCAGGGUGAUAAGGCACAGCUGGUAGUGUGCGAUGGUGCCCCAGAUGUGACAGGCCUGCAUGACCUUGACGAGUAUGUGCAGGCACAGUUGCUGCUGGCUGCCCUCAACAUAACCACUCAUGUCUUGAUGGAGGGUGGCACGUUUGUGGCUAAAAUCUUCCGUGGCAAGGACGUCACUCUCCUCUAUGCACAACUGAAAAUAUUCUUUAGUCAAGUCAGUGUGACCAAGCCAAGGUCUUCACGCAACUCAAGCAUAGAAUCCUUUGUUGUUUGCCAAAAUUAUUCUCCACCGGAGGGAUACAUCCCCACCAUGGUGAACCCUUUGCUAGACCUGAGCUACGAUGGAUCAUGGCAGGACCUGGAGGGACCAAACCGCGUCAUUGUGCCCUUCCUGGCAUGUGGGGACCUGUCUGCCUAUGACUCUGACAUGAACUAUCCAUUGCAAAUGGAGGAUGGUAAAAAUUAUCAGUAUCUGCCACCAACCCAACCUCCUAUCAGUCCAGCAUACACAGUUGCUGUGGCCAUGAAGCGUGGCUCCCAGCAGGCUUCUGGGGAGUCUCCCACCACAACCACUAUCACCACCACUACUGGGAAAAAGGAUAAUGAAUUACCAAAAGAAGCCAGAAGUAAUAUGACUGACACAACACCUGAACAAACAGGUGGCAGUCUUUCAGAAAAAGAAUUACAAGAAUUACAGAAGAUGCACAUUUAAAUUUUUUUACUUUAUAAUUAUGGUAAAAUUUAGUUGACAGAAAUUCAUGCAAUUUUACAUAUUGCAUGUAGUAGAUGCAAUGCACUAAUAAUUUCACUCGUGUUUUCAUCACAUUGAUGAGAUGAUGCUCUAUGCACAUCACACACUUCCUGUGUAGUGGCCUGCUGACAUGUCAAGCACAUUAUUGAAGUUUAUAGCUAAAUUUGCAUUUAUAAAACUAGCUCAAUAAUUGCAAAACUAAAUUUGUGAAAUUAUUAUAAGUGAAAUUACACUUCUGCAAGUGUGGCAUUUGUGGUUUGCACAAGUGGCCAACUCUAAUAUUAAUGUGUUUAAAUUGAAUAUUUUUAUUUAAUAACACUAAUUACCUAGAUAGUAAUGUAGGAAGGACAUCCUGGGUGUGCUGUCCAUGAUUGGGCUGGAAGAAUGUUGCCCCAGUUUUUUCAGCAUAAUUUAAAAGAUAAUAAGGCUUGUUAUCUUGGCUUGGCCAACCCCUUAUAGGGGACUUCAUCUUCAUAUAUAUAUAUACGAGUAUAUAUAUA